CCUCCUCGCGGUGCGCGCCAAAACCUGCCAGCCGGGCACCCGCUCUCCCCUCCACCCCCCUCCCCCCCGUUCCCGCACGAGCAGCUGCGGGCGGCCGGCUUCCGUGGCGCUCCGAUGGCGCAGGAGGAGAGGGAGCUCCAGGUCCGAGCCCUCGACGGACGGUCCACCGCCGUAUCGCUCGCCGCCGCCGCCUCCGUCCGGGACCUCAAGGCCGCGCUCCGGGGCUCCUUCCCUCCCGCUCAGAUCUCAAACAACUUCCACCUCUUCCUCAAGGGUGCUAAACUUCGAUUAGAGGCCGAUAUUGGCAGCCUUGUCAUUGGCCAUGGUGAAUUCAUUGUUCUCGUUCCCUUUACACGGAAGUCGGCGCAGAGUUCUUCAGUGGCCAUACCAGCCGAAGAGCAUACUGCAAAUCCACCAAUAUCACCGGAAGUGGCAACUGGGGCUAAUUCAGCCUGGCAGGACAUUAUGGAUGACCUCUCAUCAAUACCAGAUAGCCCAAAUGCUGAUUUUGCAUCGAAAGAUUUGUAUUCCUCUAGCAUCCCGUGUUCCGGGGGCUAUGCAGAGGAUGGGUCAACAGGUAAAAUCCCGGCAACUGGAUGUUCAAGGAAAAGGAGAAAACUGUGCAAGGAAAAUGGAAAUGGAUCCUGUGAUACACUUGGAGUGGACGGUGCAUCGAAGCAGCCUAGCAUGAAUAAGAAGAGUGGUUUUGUCAAAUCUGCUGCAUCAUCAUGCCAUGAUAAACACACCUUAGGGCCUGCCAAAAUGGUUGAACAUCUGAAAAAUGGGCUUGGAAAGGAGGGACAGAUUGUACAUAUUGAAGAGAUUCCAUGUAGACAGGCAUCAUAUUCUGAACUUCCUCGUGAUCUUUCAGAAGUUAUGAGGAAAGCACUAGAAAGUAUUGGAAUAUCUAGAUUGUAUAGCCAUCAGUCUGAAGCUAUACAAUCUUCCAUUUCUGGGAAGCAUGUUGUGGUCGCAACUUCAACAUCAAGUGGAAAGUCUUUGUGCUACAAUAUUCCUGUUCUUGAAUCUCUCUCUCAAGACUUGAUGGCGUGUGCUUUAUAUAUAUUUCCGACGAAGGCUUUAGCUCAAGAUCAGUUGAGGACUAUAGUGGAGAUGAAGAAAGCAUUUCACACUGAUAUUAAUGUUAGCAUCUAUGAUGGAGAUACCCCUAGACAAGAUCGUCUCUGGAUCAGGGAUAAUGCCCGACUGCUAAUUACCAACCCAGAUAUGCUGCACGUGUCAGUCUUGCCAUGUCACAGUCAAUUCCAAAGGAUUUUGUCAAAUCUCAGGUAUAUUGUCAUUGAUGAAGCUCAUUCAUAUAAAGGAGUAUUUGGCUGCCAUACUGCACUUAUACUUAGAAGAUUGAAGCGUAUUUGUUCAAAUAUUUAUGGUUGUCAUCCUACAUUCAUGUUUUGUACAGCUACCUCAGCAAACCCACGUCAGCAUGUUAUGGAGCUGGCCAAAUUGGAUAAUGUCGAGUUGAUUCAGAAUGAUGGAAGUCCGUGUGGUUCUAAAUAUUUUGUCUUGUGGAAUCCCCCAUUACAUAUGAGAAAAGAGGGAGGCUCACAAGGUAGUACAGUAACUAGACGCUCAAGCCCAAUAGUAGAGGUUUCUUAUCUGUUCUCAGAGAUGGUUCAACAUGGGCUCCGCUGCAUUGCAUUCUGUAAAACGAGGAAACUAUGUGAGCUUGUUCUGUCUUACACGCGUGAAAUUCUUGAGGUGACUGCAAAAGAAUUGGUAGAUUCUAUCUGUGUAUAUCGUGCUGGCUACAUUGCAGAGGUUGUUAUUUUUUGCCAAGAUCCUAUCUGUGUAUAUCGUGCUGGCUACAUUGCAGAGGACAGAAGAAAAAUUGAGGCUGAUCUCUUUGAGGGAAAACUUCGUGGAGUGGCUGCCACAAAUGCUCUUGAGCUGGGAAUUGAUGUUGGACAUAUUGAUGCAACAUUGCAUCUUGGAUUUCCUGGGAGUGUUGCGAGUUUAUGGCAGCAAGCCGGAAGAUCUGGAAGGAGAGCAAAACAAUCAUUAGCCAUUUAUGUUGCCUUUGAGGGUCCUUUAGAUCAGUAUUUCAUGAAAUCCCCAGAUAAACUAUUUGGCAAGCCAAUUGAGCAUUGCCAAGUUGAUUCACAUAACCCAAAGGUUUUAGGACAGCACAUUGCCUGUGCUGCUUAUGAACAUCCAAUAUGCCUGCAAUAUGAUGAGAAUCAUUUUGGUUCUACUUUGGAUCGUAUAGUGACGACUCUAAAGGACAAAGGUUUUCUGGUGAACAACCCAUCUGGACCUUUUUCUUCAACUAUGUGGAAUUAUAUUGGACCAGAGAAAAAUCCUUCACAGACCAUUAGCAUACGAGCAAUUGAGCAUGACAAGUACAAAGUGAUAGAUAAGUUAAAUAACAGAUUACUCGAAGAGAUUGAGGAAAGUAAGGCAUUUUUCCAGGUUUACGAGGGUGCUAUUUACAUGCAUCAGGGUGUUAAUUACUUAGUUGAGGAGUUUGAUUUGUCAUCAAGGACAGCUUUCUGCAGGAAAGUUGAUGUGAAGUAUUACACAAAGACACGAGACUACACUGACAUCAAUGUCCUUGGAGGAGAUUUUGCUUAUCUCCCGGCAUGCAAAACCAACCAUUUGAAGACAACUGCGCAAGCAAAUAGUUGCAAGGUGUCAACCAAAUGGUUUGGCUUUCAUCGGAUAUGCAAAUCGAGCAGUAAAAUAUUAGACACAGUUGAACUUAGACUACCUCCAUACUCCUAUGAUUCCGAGGCUGUUUGGAUACGGAUUCCACAGUCAACAAAAAUAGCCGUGGAGGAAAGGAAACUAGAGUUUCGAGGUGGUUCACAUGCUGCUUCACACGCACUGUUGAAUAUAUUGCCUCUGCAUAUGAUGUGCAGUGCUUCUGAUCUAGGAACUGAAUGCGUAAAUCCUCAUGCAACCCGUGGUAUGCCUGAAAGAAUUCUUUUAUACGAUAAACACCCAGGUGGUAUCGGCCUGGCAACACAGGUUAAAAAGCUUUUUGGGGAACUUCUGAUUGCUGCUUUAGAGCUUGUUUCGACAUGCAGUUGUGCAAGUGUUUCUGGCUGUCCGAAUUGUAUCCAGUCAUUGACAUGUAGCGAAUAUAAUGGGGUUUUGGACAAGGAGGCGGCGAUUUUGAUCCUAAAGGGAGUGAUUGAGCAUGAGAGAUCGUAUUUUGAGGCGGAAGAAGCUUCUGACCGAAGCUGACGUGCGAGCAAGAUGCAAAAUGUGUGUUGGUGAUGCAUUAACUAGACACUGUUUCCAGGCCUUCUCCAUUCAGAACAGUUAAACAAGCAUAUGGUUACCAAUUCAGAGAAAUUCAUUGCAUGAGCACGUUGUAUUCACAGGAUUGAGAUCCUUGUACAUCGUCUCUGAUUCAUGUGUGCAUGGGAUUUGCUGGCAUUUAGGAACUAGCUCCAUGGUCUUUUUGCCAGUGCAUGAGGGUUUGUCGGCCUGUUUAGUGUUCUACUCCCUUUGUUUCUAAAUAUAAGUCUUUUUAAAGAUUUCA